CUUCCUUGUAAAAAUGAAGCUUCCCGCGGUAGUUCUCGUCGCGAUCCUUAAUUUCGCCAUUGGAUUGGCCGAGCUUGGUUCAAGCUUGCCCAAGGUUUGUUCCAGAAGUGACCCCGAGUUGGGGAAGUGCAUCACUGAAGUAAUUCACGGUCUUCGAUCGAAUUUGGCCUCAGCGAACAUUGGUGAUGGGUCGAAAGUGCCGACCUUGGACCCGUACCAGAUCAAGUGGAUGCACAUCGAAAACAAUUCCGGAUUCAAUCUCAAGCUGACGAAUGCGACGAUCGACGGCAUCAGUGGUUACAAGGUUCGCAAUCUGCGCGAAAACCUAUCGCAAAACAGAUUCGAUUUUCUUUUGGAUAUACCAGCAGUGCUGGGCAAAGGAAAGUAUGAUUUGAAAAUGAACAUCUUGUUCGUUCCGGUGAAUGGCAAGGGGAAUUUCAACAUGACACUCGCUAACAUUGUUGCUGAUAUGAAGUCAAAAUACUUCCUGGAGGAGAAGGAUGGCAAAAUGCUUGUUAAAUUUAGUCCACUCGAAACCAAACUGCGGUUCGAUAAGGGACACUUUUAUCUGGAAAAUCUGGGCCAGUUCGCAAACAAUGCCAUCAAUGCCAAUCCGUCGCUGCUGUUGGAUCAUAUCAAACCGGGCAUUGAGGCACAUUUGAUGAACUCGCUGACGAAAAUGGCCAACGCCGUUGUCGACGGGGCGGAGGAGCAUGAAAUUCUUUUGCCGUGAAGAACGAGUAAUUUUCCCCAUGCAAGCUUCG